UGGGGAUGGACAGCAGCAGCUCUGCCUCGGGCUCCCAACACCCUCCCCAUCCCGCAUGGAUCUCCGCUCCGCCGCCGUCCUCGCCAGGAAGGAGGAAAUCGAGCUGUCGUACCAGCAGUUCAGCCUGAACAUCGCCGUGGUGGCCACGAUGCUGCUGCAGAAGGAGCCCUCCAUGGAGGCGGCCCUGGGGCUGGCACUCAGGGCCAACCUGCGCCAGGGCUGGAUCCACCACCUCCGGGAGCUGGAGGAUUUCAUCGACAGCUACGACUCGGCCACCCCCGGCCCCUGAGGAGUCACCCCCUCCUCCAGCCAGGCUGGGAGCGAUGGGGGGCCAUGCCAGGGCACUGCUGUGCUCAGGUGCUGCUGAGCCUGCGGGUCAGGGUGGCACGGACACGGUGGCAGUCCCACCAUAUCUCCUGGAGGAGGAGGAAGGUGGGGGGAUGCUUAGUUUUAGCCCUGCCCAAACCUCUGUGUGCAGCCAGAAGAGGAGCUGGUGUUACUGGAUGGUGGUGGGAGGGAGGGAGAGCAGCAGCUCCUCUCCUCCAUCCACGCUCCUCACUCCGUUCCUGGUUCUCAGGGAUGUGCCCACAAACCCCAGGAGUUGUUUUUGGGUUUAAAUCUAAAAUUAAACCCUAUUUUUG